GCUGAGGACCAAAGGAAGAAAAGUGACAGCAUCCAGCCUUCCCUCCAGUGGCCGUCAGUGCUGGGGCACGAAGCCGCGCCGCACACCAGGAUGGGAUCUGGCAGCAGUUCCAGCCCGUGCACCCCCGCGCCACAGAGAGCCAUGUUAGUCCAGUGUGAAAAUUUCCGGGCCAGUAAGGAUGUGUACCACAGCAGUUCACUGUCAGAUAUGGUGACAACACCACUCAGACCUGUGCACGAUGACGUCUUCUGGAGCAUGAGUCAAAAUGAAGAACAACCCCCAAAGGUUCCAGAAAGGACAACGUCUAAAUUUUACAGCAGGGAUCAGCCUGGCCAUCAGAGAUGCCCUUCAAGUAACAGUCAUCAGUCGUCCCCUGGGGGACACGCACUGAAGCUGAGCAGCAGCAGCAGCACUCCUGGCAACAAGCAGUGGGAGAUGGGAUCUCAUCGGAGCAGUCAGGCAACUGCAGGGAAUCCAGGAUCAGCCAGGGAAGAGGACACUUCACCCCAGAACCACUUGCAGCUGCAUAAGAAGUCUGAAAAAGUUUCUCAUCCAGGCCGGGUUGCAAGUCCAGGCUACUUCACCAAGGGGAAGGACAGUGCCAACUCGUUGUUGAAAGCAGCAGACUAUUCCUCAUCAAGUGACGAAGCCUGCAGCAGUGAUGAAGAUGACAUGAACCACGCAAGGCAACUGCGAAGCAGCAGAGUGGCAGAUUUCUCAAGGACGAGAGUCCCAGAUGGAAUUGAACUGAAACCCCAGAGCGCUGUUGCGGAACAGAAGGAUCAGAUUUUAGGGAAGCCAAUCCCUAGCACUCAAGAAGGCCUCUGGAGCAUAAACAACCAGAACUAUCUUCUGCCAGAUCUCCUCCAGCAAAGCCAAAUUUCAGACUCCUCUGUGAACCCACCAAAAGUGCCCCUGACUGGCCAGGAACCUCAGAACAAGCUUCUGACUAAGACCCCGUGCCCCGAAGGCACCACUUCAAAGAGCAGCACAUCAUCUACAACAUCGUUUACUUCGUUCAUAGACCCUAGACUUCUGCCUAUCACCCCUCCCACCAGUCCAGUAGGACCCUCUUGUAGCUCUCCAUCUAGUGCAAAACCUGAGCCUGUCAGGAGAGAAAAUGCAAGGAAGGGCUCCGUUGUCAACGUCAACCCGACCAACAUCCGCCCGCAGAGUGACAGUCCAGAAAUUCGUAAAUACAAGAAGAAAUUCAACUCGGAGGUCCUUUGUGCUGCUCUGUGGGGAGUAAAUUUACUGGUGGGAACAGAGAAUGGAUUGUGGCUGCUGGACAGAAGUGGGCAAGGAAGAGUUUAUUCGCUGAUUACAAGGAGACGAUUCCAGCAAAUGGAUGUUCUGGAAGGACUCAAUGUGCUAAUUACUAUAUCAGGAAAGAAGAAUAAGUUGAGGGUAUAUUACUUAUCAUGGCUGCGGAACAAAAUUUUGCGCAAUGAUCCAGAGGUGGAGAAGCGGCAGGGCUGGGUGUCUGUGGGGGACCUGGAAGGCUGCGUACACUACAAAGUCGUAAAAUAUGAGAGAAUCAAAUUCCUUGUAAUUGCUUUGAAAAACUCAGUGGAGGUUUAUGCUUGGGCUCCAAAGCCUUAUCACAAAUUCAUGGCUUUCAAGUCCUUCACCUCACUUCAUCAAAAACCACUGUCAGUUGACUUGACCAUUGAAAAUGGACAAAGGUUAAAAGUUAUAUAUGGCUCAGUUGUAGGCUUUCAUGCUAUCGAUGUGGACUCUGGAUCUGUGUAUGACCUGUACCUUCCAACACACAUCCAGGGCACUAUUCGCCCACAUGCCAUCAUCAUCCUCCCGAACACCAGCGGAAUGGAGCUGUUACUCACCUAUGAAGACGAAGGCAUCUACAUUGAUAUAUACGGGCAUUUCACAAAGGAGACUGUUCUACAGUGGGGAGAAAUGCCAGCAUCUGUAGCUUACCUUCAAUCUAAUCAGGUCAUGGGCUGGGGAGAGAAGGCAAUUGAACUACGCUCCGUGGAAACAGGAAAUCUGGAAGGAGUAUUUAUGCACAAGAAAGCACAGAAGCUAAAAUUUCUAUGUGAAAGAAAUGACAAGGUGUUCUUUGCAUCUGUACAAUCAGGAGGCAGCAGUCAAAUAUACUUUAUGACUCUCGGUCAAAACGUGCUAUUCAACUGGUAACCCACAUCAAAAUGAAGGAUGCUUUGAAAUUCCCUGUAGGUAUACACAAAUUUGCACUUUUAACCUACGAAAAUGUUGUCAUCAUUAACCUAUCAAAAUUCCUAUUCUUUCAGUUAGGAAAGAAUUCCGUUUACCUGUCAA